AUUCCUCAAAUUUGAUUAAAAAUUAUGUACAUUUCAGCCAAAAUCUCUUUGUUGCACACAGACGGACGAUAGGAGAGGGACAGAGACAGGCAGAGAGAGACAGAGAUGGACAGCGAUGCGGACAUGGCCGGAGCAGACGACGGAGCUGUCAUGGAACUGGACGACAUGAAGAAGAGGCUGAAGGAGAUGGAAGACGAAGCCGCCGCCCUCCGCGAGAUGCAGGCCAAGGUCGAGAAGGAGAUGGGUUCUGUGCAAGAUCCCGCCGCUGCAGCAGCAAGUCAGGCAAAUAGGGAGGAAGUAGAUUCUCGUUCAGUUUUUGUCGGCAAUGUGGAUUAUUCUUGUACCCCUGAGGAAGUGCAGCAGCAUUUUCAGUCAUGUGGAACAGUAAAUAGAGUCACCAUUCGGACUAACAAGUAUGGCCAACCGAAGGGGUAUGCAUAUGUGGAAUUCCUUGAACCAGAAGCUGUGCAAGAAGCUCUUCUUCUGAAUGAAUCUGAACUUCACGGCCGCCAAUUGAAGAUAUCAGCCAAGCGGACUAAUGUUCCUGGGAUGAAGGUGUUCCGUCCACCGCGCCCCAACCCUUACAUGGGUUACCGACCCAGGAGUAAAUAUAUGCCAACUUAUUUCUACCCUCCAUAUGGAUACGGGAAGGUUCCUAGGUUCAGAAUGCCCAUGCGUUAUAGCCCGUACUACUGAAACUUGACUUUUUCUGAAGACAAAUAUUAUCUUGUUAAUCGAUAAAAUGAUGAAUGAGUUUCUUUCGAAAUUUUAGCUUUUGAAGCUGUUGGGGGUGUUAUGAUAGUCAAUCCUACCGUGAUGUCCAGUAUGUUUAGAAGCAAUUUCCAGGCAUCGUUUUUUGUGACUAGUUUUAUCAGAUGGUGAGCUCUCAUUGCAUUU